AUGCUCAGUUCCCAGAUGCUUCCUCCAGAUCUUCGGGAACGCAGUGGAGGCAAACUGCACGAUCCCCGAUCAGACACAACUUGUGAACCCCAGGGAGCAGCGACGGGUGAACCUAGUUUGAGUUUGACCAUCACCCCGGAAGGAUCUGUGAGCUCAGACUUCCAGUCAUCCACAACUCCAGAGCCCCCAGGAUCAGAGACAAGUGAGCCGAGUCUGGGUUUGACCAACCCCCCAGCAGGGUCUGCGAGCUCCGGUACAGAUUCCCAGUCGGACACAACUCCAGAAUCCUCAGGAUCAGAGACGAGUGAGCUGAGUCUGGAUUUGACCACCAGCCCAGCAGGGUCUGUGAGCUCAGGCCUGGAGACUUCAACACUGGAACAGUCUACAGGAUUGUCUACUGGAGAACACACCCAGGAACUGUCCUCUGUCCCAGCUGGAGACACAUCCUCAGACCUGGAGACUUCAACAUUGGAACAGUCUACAGGAUUGUCUACUGGAGAACACACCCAGGAACUGUCCUCUGACCCAGCGGGAGACACAUCCUCAGAACCUCUGUCGGACACAACUCAGGAACGCCAGGGAUCGGUGACCGGAGAGCCUGGUCCAGGGUUGACCACCAGCCCAGCAGGGUCUUUGAGCUCAGGUACAGAUUCCCAGUCAGACACAACUUGGGAAGCCCAGGAAACAACGACAGGAGAGCCUGGUCUGGGUUUGACCAGCAGCCCAGCAGGGUCUCUGAGCUCAGACUUGGAGGCUUCCACAUUGGACCAGUCUACAGGAUUGUCUACUGGAGAACACACACAGGAACUGUCCUCUGUCCCAGCAGGAGACACAUCCUCAGACCUGGGUAUUUCUCCAAGGGAACAGGCCAAAGGGUCAUCAACUGGAGGGACCACCCAGGAACCAUCCUCUGUCCCAUUGGGAGACACGUCCUCAGACCUGGAGACUUCAACAUUGGAACAGUCUACAGGAUUGUCUACUGGAGAACACACCCAGGAACUGUCCUCUGACCCAGCGGGAGACACAUCCUCAGAUUCUCAGUUGGACACAACUCGGGAACCCCAAGUAUCACCAACCGGAAAACAUGGACCUGGUUUCACCACCUCCCUAGCGAGGUCUGCGAGCUCAGGUACAGAUUCCCAGCCAGACACAACUUGGGAAUUCCAGAAAACAGCAACUGGAGAACCAGGUCCGGGUUUGAUCACCACCACAGCAGGGUCUGUGAGCUCAGACCUGGAGACUUCAACAUUGGAACAGUCUACAGGAUUGUCUACUGGAGAACACACCCAGGAACUGUCCUCUGUCCCAGCGGGAGACACAUCCUCAGAUUUCCAUUCUGACACAACUUGGGAAUCCCUGGGGUCAUCGACCAGAGAGCCUGGUCCGGGUUUUAACACAACCACAGCAGGGUCUUCAAGCUCGCAUGCAGAUCUCCAGUCAGUCACAACUUGUGAACCCGAUGGAUCAGUGACAGACCUGGAGGCUUCCACAAUGGAUCAGCCCGAAGGAUCAUCUACAGGACAACCCACCCCAUCGCCAUCCUCUGUCUCAGAGGGACAGAGAUCCUCAGAUUCCCAGUCGGACACCACUCAGGAACCCCAGGGGUCUGCGACUGGAGGACCUGGUCCGGGUUUGUCCACCACCCCAGCAGGGUCUGCAAGCUCAGAUCCAGAUAGGAGGACAAGCCCCAACGCCGGGCAGGAGAAGCCGACGGACACCACGUGCAAAACCUAUGAGAUGAUCCCAGUGAAUGAGCUCCUGUUGGAUGAGGAGUGUGAGGGGAUGAUCAGCAGUGUCAAAGUGCUGUACCUUGGGCAGAAGAACCUGGGAGACCCCCAGGAGCGAGAGGCCUACCUCGAUCAGAUACGUGAGAUACUGAGGAAACAGCUCCCCUGCAAGCAAAUCCUGUCCAGGAGAAAUCACGACAAGGGAAAUAACUGAGAAGGAAGAUCUCAGACUGUGUUUGUCCAACGUAUCACAGGGUGAUGGACGAUGUGUGAAGUGUUCAUGGGUUGUGGUGGGGAGUGUGAGGUUUCAGUCGGUUGUGUGAUGGUGGUGGGGAAUCCAAUAUCAGUGAAAUAUUAUUAGCAUCAAUUAGACUGUGUAUCUGUCAUUGAGAAUCAGGUUUAUUAUCAGUGACAUAUUACUCUUUCAUCUUUCAUUAUUUCUCAUCGAUUGAGUGUAAUAAUGGGUUUAAUCCAAGCAAUGAAAGACACAUUCAGAUUCCUGGGAAGUGUCUCUGUAAUUGUUUCUGUAUUUCCAAUGAUCCAUGGUUACUUUAAUUAAGAAUGUAUUUCUGUUUUACUUCAGUUGUGAUGUUACAUUCAUUUAUGACUGUUAUUAAAAGUAAUAUCAUAAAGACACAAAAUAAAUGAACAUUCCCAAACAGCUUGCGGAGAAAGGAGACUGUUUCUGCACAAUUGAUCUUCCUUUGCAUGUCAGCUGUUUGUCGGUCUUUAUUUAAGUGUAGAUUUUGGUAAGUUGUAUCGUGCUUUAUUUUCACGUGAAUGCUUGUAUGAAAAUGAGUCUCAGGGUAGUAUAUGGUGAUGUAUACGUACUUUGUUAAUAAAUUUACUUUGAA